AUGUGCUCUGAAUCAACUAAUCUUAAGGAAGUUCUUGCAAAAAAAAUUCCUGAACAUAACAAAAAAGUUAAAGAUUUUCGUGCAAAACAUGGAUCUGAUGCUAUUCAACAAGUUACUAUUGAUAUGAUUUAUGGUGGUAUGCGUUCAAUGAAGGGAAUGGUAACUGAGACAUCUGUUCUUGAUCCGGAAGAAGGUAUUCGUUUCCGUGGGUAUUCUAUUCCAGAAUGUCAAAAGUUACUUCCAAAAGCUCCAGGUGGUGAAGAACCACUUCCAGAAGCUAUUUGGUGGCUUCUUUGUACUGGAGAUAUUCCAACUGAAAAACAAGUUGCAGUUAUUUCUAAAGAAUGGGCUGCUCGUGCAGAGCUUCCAGAACACGUUGCUCGUAUGCUCGAUAAUUUCCCAUCUAAUCUCCAUCCAAUGUCUCAAUUGAUUGCUGCAACUUCUGCUCUUAAUACUGAAUCUAAAUUUGCUCAAGCUUAUUCUAAUGGUGUACAUAAAAGCACAUAUUGGGAAUAUACUUACGAAGAUUCUAUGAAUCUCUUAGCUAAAUUACCAACUAUCGCUGCUAUGAUUUAUCGUAAUUUAUAUCGUGAUGGAACUUCUGUUGGAGUUAUUGAUAGCAAAAAAGAUUGGUCAGCUAACUUUGCCUCAAUGCUUGGAUACGAUGAUCCACUCUUUACCGAACUUCUUCGUCUUUAUCUUGUCAUUCACUCUGACCACGAAGGUGGAAAUGUUUCAGCUCACACUUCUCAUCUUGUUGGUUCCGCUCUUUCUGAUCCAUAUCUUUCAUUUUCUGCUGCUAUGGCUGGAUUAGCUGGACCACUUCAUGGAUUAGCUAAUCAAGAAGUUCUUAUCUUCCUUAGUAAAAUGAAAAAAGAUCUCGGAACUAGUUAUACUGAGGAAGAUCUCCGUAAAUGGGUAUGGGAUCAUCUUAAAAGUGGUCAAGUUGUUCCAGGAUAUGGACACGCUGUUCUUAGAAAAACUGAUCCACGUUACACUUGUCAACGUGAAUUUGCUCUUAAGCACCUUCCAAAUGAUGAAUUAUUCAAGCUUGUUUCAACUCUUUACAAAGUAACUCCAAAUGUACUUCUUGAACAAGGAAAAGCCAAAAAUCCAUGGCCAAAUGUUGAUGCUCAUUCAGGAGUACUUCUUCAACACUUUGGAUUAAAAGAAAUGAACUAUUAUACUGUUCUUUUUGGAGUAUCACGUGCUCUUGGAUGCCUUUCACAACUUAUCUGGGCUCGUGGUAUGGGACUUCCACUUGAAAGACCAAAAUCUCAUUCAACUGAGGGAUUAAUGAAACUUGUUAGUAAAAAAUAA